GUUGACUACAAGAGUGUUCACUUGACAAUAUGCCGGAUCAUCGGAGCAUGAACCAUCUGCCAUGGUCGAGCCCGAACUCCCCCCUCUACAUCGAUAAGCGGACUUUUCUGGUUGCAUGGGGGAUGGGAAGCUGCGUGCUCCAUAGAAGGUCUCAGGUUGGGCAGUCGAAAUGUCUCGCUUGUCGAAGAGAGUGCGGCCUGCCAGUUCGUCACGUUGCCUGGUCUGCCGAGCUUUGAGUAGUGCCGAGAAGCCUGCUGAAUUCGAGAUAUUAUUCUACAAGCGAAAUGACCGAAAUUGGGGUCGCACGAUGAUGUCAAGAGGACCAUGCAGCUGGUGUAGAGUUGGCCGCAAACUACCAACUUUCUUGGGAUCCGCACAUCUCAGCCUUGGAGCUAGCGAACAAGCUUGCAGGCAGCCCAGCCCGAUCGCUUGCUACUUGCCGCCAGACAAGUGUAGCAGAUUCUUGUGCACAUCCGUGAACUGUUUUCACCACUGCAUGGCUUUGUCUGGACAGUCGGUGUGGUUGCGUGAGCCAGGCAGCGGGAAGACAAGUCUCAGCAAACAAACGUUGGGCUGAUGAAGAUCCUGUCUGGGCUGCGUGCAUGCAUGUUGCAAAGGCAACCUCUUCCCGAGACGCAACAAGACUGACAGCACCGGUCGGCGUCGACCCAACCAAGGUUUGCCGCAAGUUUUUCCAGACUUGGUGGCGGCCAUGGCGGACUGGUAUGCAAGUGAUUGAGAAACACUGGGCCACGGCGGCUCUGCAACAAAUGUGGCCGACCUACUUGGGGUGAGAUACAUUGCCAGUUUAGGAAAGCCUGAUGGUGUUGUCAUGUCAACCUUGCUCCAGAUUCGAACCGACUUCACCUUGGAAGAACGGCAUUUGCAGCUAUAGGGCAGGUCAAGGCGGACGCUAACUAACUAACACAUGGGGGGCGGAGCGCCAACGAACCGAUCUCUCUGAUACUCGCUAGUAGCGGGCGAACACCAUGGUGACGGCAAUCUGGAUGGUAUGGGCUCAUUUUCCAUUUUCAUCCGAGCCAUCUGAUGUAUAAAUACAACCUGGCAGUCCUGUUCCAUCUAUUAUUGCCUUCUCCCUAUAUCAAACCAAACCAAACCAAACAAACCACAUCUCCUCUCACAUCCUCUCUCUCUCUAAAACAAAAGCUAAACCAGCUUUUCUCUCUCCAAAUAUACCUAUCCGACUCUCCAACACACACAAAAUGCAGUUCACUCUUGGUCUCUGCCUUGCUGGCCUUGCCGUUGCCGCCCCUGCUCCCCAGCUCGGCGCUCUCACCGGUACUCUCGGCGGCGUCACCGGCGGUCUCGGCGGCGCAACUGGUGCCCUCGGUGGUGUUACUGGCGCGCUCGGUGGUGCUACCGGCGCUCUUGGAGGUGCUACUGGCGCGCUCGGCGGCGUUACCAACGGCGUGACUGGCGGCCUUGGAGGAGCUACCGGAGCUCUGGGCGGCGUGACUGGUGCUGUCGGCGGCCUCACUAACAGUGCUACUGGUGCUGUUGGCGGCGCUACCGGUGCUCUCGGCGGUGUUACUGGCACAGUUACCGGCGCUGCUGGCUCUGUUACUACUCCUGGCGCUUCUUCCGGCGAGACCACCCCUGCCUCGGACCCCGACUACAAGGCCUGCACCUCGCUGCUCUCGUCUAACCUCAACUGCUGCGCCACUGACAUCGAGGGCCUUGUCGACCUCGACUGCGCUCCCCCCAAGAAGACCCCUGGCUCGGCCAAGGAGUUUGAGCAGAUCUGCGCUUCUGUCGGCCAGCAGCCCCGUUGCUGCGCUCUCACCUUGCUCGGCCAGGGUGUACUCUGUGGCAAGGUCGUUGGCCUCUAAGCGACAACAUGGAAGCGCAAAGUGCUCACUUUUUCUACUCCUCCGUGCCUGGCCCCAGUGGGCUUGCUUAUAACUAACAUUGUCCCCGUUAUAGGAAACCCUGCGAGGACCAAAAUUUGAUUGGCGCGAGGCUUUUUGAGCAGCAAGCAUACCUCGAUGCAGGAGCAAUACUAACAGAGCAAACAAACAACACCAACAACCGGCCACUACUCGCCCGCGAGCCUUAUUCGCCAUGCUUCUACAUGUGUAUUACUUAUCUUCUUCUGCAUUUUUGCGCAUAUACCCAAACGACUUUUUCUUUCUCUCUGGACCCUUUUCCAGAGAGACGUUUUUUAACUGGAACUCGACUCGAGUGGGAGAGCUAAGCUGGCUUGCCUCUCUCUUCUUUUGCAGGGUUUUGGGGGAAUAUCUUUAAUCACCUUUUUCUUAUCUGUAUUAUUGGAUACUUUUAUAUUUUCUGGGGAGGCGAUUUCUUCUUCUGAUACUUUUUUUAUACUGUUGGCUGUGCUUUUUUUCUUAGCAGCCAGCAUUUGUUUGAAAGCAAACGUGAAAAAAUCAAUUCAAAAAUUAUU